AUCUAUUCAAUAUAUCUAUAAAAAAUAGUACUAGUUAAUUUAUGCUGCCAAAUUGACAAUUUCUUGAAGAACAAGAGCAAAAUAAAAUAUGGAUGUUCAAAUACAAUCAAUUGAACCUGAUUAUGGAGGAAUUAAAGUCGUUUGGAAAAAAAAUGCAAAAAUCGAGCCAAUAUAUAAAAUCCGGGCAUAUUCUGGAGUCGAUCUAGUUGGAGAGUACAAGGUUCAUGGUUGUCAGUUUCUGUAUCACCCCGAGGACCCUUUAAAAAAAUACUUCUUCAAAAUUUGGCCCGACAGUGAAACAGUGGACAGUGAAAAUCUUGAAAGAAACUCCACAAAGGAAUGCAGCUUAUGUUAUCAUGUUGGAAAUGAUGUUUAUGUGGACUACACCAGAAAACUUAAUCCACACUACGAUAUAUUUGGGGGCUUCGAAUGUGAAUCCACUAUUCGUAGAGACGUUGCUGUCAAAAUUUUUGAUAUACGUGAGCCAGAUAAACAGAGCCAAAAAGAUCUGAAACUUGAAAUGGGAAAUUUACGUGAUGUAGACCACGAGAAUAUCAUUUCGUACGUCAGGUCAAAUAAUUCAACUGACUUUUCUCAGGCAUUUAUUGCUGUCCAAAUGUGCAGCUCAGUCACUUUGUUUGAAGUAGUUAGGGAUCAUCAAAACAUGCCUUUGAAAACUGUGAAACAAAUCUUCCUUCACAUCACGAAUGGAUUGAAAUACUUGCAUGAGAAAGGUAUAAUGCACAGAAAUUUAAACCCAUCUACAAUUUGGCUUUCUGGCGACAGAGAUUUUAUGCAAAUUUCAGAAUUUGGCUUCAGCAAAAGGAUUUCAUUAGGUACAAAGAGUACAACAGAUAAAUCAUGUGUUUUUGAGAAUACAGGGUGGGAUGCCCCAGAAAUGGGAGACAAAGCUAAAGAAAGUAGUAAAUUAGAUAUAUUUUCCCUCGGAAAUAUUUUUUACUAUACACUAACAAGAGGAAAGCAUCCCUUUGGUAGUACUUUUAAACGUGUUGAUAACAUACGUAAUGGAGAGUUCAAUUUGGACGACCUCGAUCCAAUCACUGACUAUAUGAUAUUGAGUGAUUUGUUAAGUAAAAUGAUUGAUUUCGAUCAAAAUAAGCGGCCUUCAGCCAAAAAAAUUCUAAAGCAUCCUUUCUUUUGGGAAGAUGAUAAAAAGAUCGAACUGUGCUUUGAUGCUCUAAAACUCAAGGAUGACUUGCAAAAAAUUAAUGGCUAUGAAAAGUUUUUUGAAAACUGGGUCAAGGGGGUCAAAAAGAAGAUUUCAGCAGAAAGUGAUCUUUUUUUAAAAUUGUGUGAAGGGCAGUAUGAAAAUUCAAUAUUUGGAUAUAUUGAUUUUUUACACAAAAUAUUUGAAGACAGGUCUAAAGAUGGAAUAUUUUGCAGCAUUGAAGGCAUAUGGGGAUUUUUUUCUCGUCAAUAUCCUGAUCUUAUAAGAAUAGUUUUUGAGUUGAUGAGAGACAAACUAAAUCAAGUCCCAGAUGCUCGUAUCUAUCCACUUUCUGAUAUAGAUCUUCCGUCGGUAGAGAAAAUGAUCUACGAAGAAACUGAUAGUAUUGAAUUGAAGAACACAACAAUGAAUUUUGGCUAUGAUUCUUUUUAUUCCGAAGCACUUGUUCAUGUGUCAGAGCAUAUCCCAGACCCAGAUGAGAAUGUGUUCCCCAUUGGUCCUAUGUUAAAUUGCUCAAUGGAACAAAAUUUGAGAGAAGAAGUUCAAAUAACAAUGAAAACCGUCUGUCAGAACACAGAAAAUGGUGCUGUUAAGUUGUUUCACGUUGUUGGUGGGCAGCCAAUAAAAAAAUCAAAUUUAUUACCAAAGAAAAAUUGUGUUUCAUGCUCAUUGAAAAAAUUUGAACAGUUGUAUCUUGGUAUCGAAAAAAGUGCUAUACAACACGUUCAUUUUAAAGUGGUUGCAGCAUUAUACUAUAACAAUUUUUGUGAAAUGAUUCUUAAUUUUCAUAUUCAAAACGAUUGUCGAUAUCAUUCAGUAAUGCAUGCUGGUUUUAGAUGUGCUGUUGAAUUUAAUGCAUUUUCAGUCAAAAUAGGUCAAAAUUUGAGAUUGCAACUUUUUUGUGACAGCCAUUCAAAUUUGAACGAGCAAUUUGUUGAGUUUGAAUUAGAUGAAAGUCAUCUUGACCGUUCAGCUCAUUCAAAAAAAGUUGAAUUAAAAUAUUUUCAGAGUGAUUUGCCCACUGGCCCAGUUGUUGCAGAAAUUCUCGUUGACGAUAAAAAAGUUGAAUCUCAGAAUUUCAAUAUCAGCAGUUUUCCACUUUCUGAGAUUUUCUUGUUUCAGUGAAUGAAACAUAUGUAAUUUGAUUGAUUUACAGUUGGAAUUUGUUAAUAAUAAUGUUUUAUCAUAAAUACUCCAACACAACUUCAUCUAUAUUUUUUAAAGUAAUUUCAUAAUUCUAAUUCUUUAAUUUAUUUUCAAAUGUAGCUCAGUUAUUUUCGUGAUAAAAAAUAGAAUGAUUAGGCCCAUUGCAUAAUAAAUAACUCUCAAGAAUUUUUAGUUUUGUUUAAGUAGAUUACACCAAGAAUAUUUAUAGGCAUUUGUUUGUAGAUUGAGUGGUAGUUAUAGGGCGCUCCGGAUGUAUUUGUACCAAGAUGACACACAACCUGAACAACCCUAACCUAGUACACAUACUAUGUUCAGGUUGUGCGCCAUCUUGGUACGAUUACUUCGGGAGCACCAGUUAUAUGAUGCAGUGAACUAUUUAACACCAAGGCUUUCAAAAAGCUUUGAAAUUUUUUCUGUUAUUGAAGUUUGCUUGGACAUAGCUUGCCAGCACUCAUUUAUUAGUAUCAAGAAACAUUAGUAUGGAAACUCUUAAAUAAACAACAGAUAUAUAUUUAUUGUUUUUGCUACUUGCUAGCUUCAAAUGUAAAAUCAGACUAAUUUUGUUUUUUAAAGGUUAUUCCGCAGAAUGUAUAUGCAGAAAUUAUGAUAUAUAUAGGGUGUCCAUAAAUUCUUGAUUCUUUUUUAAAUUGCAAUCAAUUUUAUCCUCACCACAUAUUGUUUUGGCCCUCACAGUCACAGAUGUCUUAAAUGUAGCGAAAAUACUUGAACAGUUAAUGAUUGAAAACAAAAAAAAUUGGCUGAGAUAUAUUGCGCACUUUCGGGAACUACACCCUUCCGGCCCGGAAACAUCCUUCCGAUUCUAAUUUUGGCCUGUGGCCAAUAAAGUUUGGGAACCCCUGUUCUAGAUAGUAUCUCGUUCUAGAGUAAAACAAAAAUUGUGUAUGAAUGUAUCAUUUUUAUCAAUAUUGGCCUUGUCCUAUUUUCCAAAUAUGAAUUGAUCUCUAAUGUGUGUGUUUCCAUUUAGA